AAUGUUAAAGCUAAACUUGCCUGGAAACAGAAUUCAUGCUUGUUUUCAUCAAAGUGAGUUCAGUCGAUGCCUCAUCUUCAGCCGUCUGUUGAUGAUGAUUAAUGAGGUUAAUGUUUCUGAACUUUGUAAUGAGAUGAGUUCUGUUUGAAGGUGGGGUUUCGAGCUUUAACAAGCUUGUGCUGUGCCCUUUGUAGUGGUGUGUAUGUCAUUGAGAGACAAGACAAAAUAUCCACGUUUCGCUCUGUGUCAAACCUGGAAAUUAUGUUUCUAUACAACAAAUUUGCUGUAACUUCUCUUUGAAGGAAAACGUAAUGUUGGCUGGAUCCUGUUUUCUGUUAACAUCGUCAGAAAAUUCUGUUAACAUCUUAAUUUGACAAGUCACUAAAAUGUUGACAACAAAUCAAUAAAAUGUUCACUGACAACCUUUUUUUCUGACAUCAUUUCCUGUGGACAUAAUCCAGCCAGUGAUUACGUUGCCACCACAGCUGAAUUUAGUAAAAACAUAUAAACAUAAUUUGUAGGAGACAGAGUUGUCUUCGUUCAUGCGUUCAGGGAGCUGUGAAAAGUGAAUGGUGACCUGUUCUGUAAUUUUUUUUUUAACACAUUUGGGAUUUUUUUUUUUUUCUUAAGAUCAAAUGAUGAAAUUUCUCCUUUAGUAAAAAAAAUCAUUUCUAUGUUUAUCUACAACAAAAUGCUCUAAACUCAAGGUAACAUCAUCAGCCCUUUUCCAAGGCUUUCAACCAUGUCCCACAGCCUUCCUCAGCCCCCUCCGUACACACAGAUUUGCUGAAGAAGCCUGUGAUAUACAGUUGAAAGCUCUAGAAAAACGCCACUAGGUGAAUCUGGAGUUUAUUACAUUUUAUCACAGAUGCGUGUCCCCAAGGUCAGGGGUGAUUUUUUUUGCCCAAAGCAAUAUCUAUAUUUUUCAUAUGAAAUUGUUUUCUAUUUAAAAACGUUCGUAUACAUCUUUCUAUUUUUUUAAUCAGAGUCUGUGACUCUGUCCCUUCAACAGACUCAAAUCUUAACUGUGAUUAGAAAUGAAGACUUUCUGGACACUGUAUGUCCCUUCAGGGCUUCCAUCUCAGGACUGCUAGAAUAAGUGUCAGCAGUAAAAUGUGGUGUUGAGUGUCCAGUGUGUGAGUAAAGGGCGGCGAACUCAUUCACACUGACCACUCGGUGUCAGCAGAGGUCUUCAUGUCCCGCUCCUACAGUCUCUGUGCUGUUCACGGUGUUCGAACUUCCGUCCUCUGCAAACGUCUCAGGCCAAAUAUUUGGACAAAUUUUCCACAAAAAUACCUGAAACAGUAAAAAUGGACCCAAGCAAAUGAAUUAGUGUGAAAUCAUGAAGGAGAUUCCACACUUUAAAAUGUUUUUAUAAUGUUUAAUCUUUAAUUGGUCAAUUUAUUUAUUGUUUUUGUUUGUUUUCAAAAGAAAAACUUUUUUUUUCUUCUGAAAAAAAAAAAAGACACUUUUGAAAUCUUUUUGAGAACUUGAUCUCAGUUGUUGUUCAGCAGUAAAAAGUUCAGGACAAAUGUCUGAUAAUUACUGCCCGAGGAUCAGAUCCGUGUGAGAUCAGGGUCUCUGUUUCCUGUUCCAUUAUUUUCUAACGGGCCGCUCUGAUCUGAGGUGGACGCCGCUCCGCCACACAGAAGGUGAGCGGCGUCACUCUGAUUUUACUGUUGGAGACAGGAUGUGAGUCUCAGUGACAAGGUCCUUGUUUGUGUUCACUGUUUGAAAUUUCUGUUGUUUUUCAGUUGCUGCAUCUGAAAAUCCAGGUCCAACUGAAGCAGCUGUGAAAAUGGGAUUUUGCCCUGCUGACUGUCUUAGCUGUCCCACUGAGGACUGCUGACCACCUUGGACCGACCAGACAUCGAUGGUGGAGGAUUUACGAGGUGAGCGGUCAAAGGAUGAAGGUAUUUCAGGAUCUCAUUUGCCUGGUUGGACUCCCUCAUGGCCAUAAAGAGGAACCUCCGAACGCCCGUCCAAGCCCAUAUAUACCCCCUCCACAGAUUCUAGGUUUUAGUCUGUGACUCCCUCACUCUGCUGCUCCUCAUCAUCAUCGCUUUGUAGAUUCUGAAACCAAAAAGACGCCAAGAUGUCUGAGGGAAAGAAGAUGACAUCGAGCCGCAGGCAUCAUCUCAAGAGUUUGAUGCUGCAGAUCGCUGCUAGCUGGCUGGAGCAGGAAGCUAACGAAAUCGCAGCCACCAAAGAAGCUUACAUGGAAGAGAAAUGCCCCACCCCCGACCUGAGCGGAGACCAGGCGGCUCUGAUGGAAAUCUGCAAAAAGCUGUACCAGGCCCUCGACAAGAUUGAUGAGGACAGAUAUGAUGCUGAGGCCAAAGUGGCAAAGACAGACAAAGAGAUCGAGGAGCUGAAGCUGAGGGUGGUCGAGCUGGCCGGAGUGAAGAAACCCGCCCUGAAGAAAGUGCGUAUGUCUGCUGACGCCAUGCUGCAGGCUCUGCUGGGAGGAAAACACAAGGUGACCAUGGACCUGAGGGCCAACCUGAAGCAGGUCAAGAAGGAGGUGAAAGAGGAGUCAACAGACGCUGUCGGCGACUGGCGUAAAAACAUCGAGGACAAAGCCGACAGGAAGAAGAUGUUCGAGACUUCUUAAAGACUUUCAAAUUCAACUUUCCGUUUUCAGUUUCUCUGGGCUGCCCCUGUUACAUCUGUCCUUUUUCAUGGAAUUGGAAAAACUUGUGCCAUUAAAUUUUUUUUGUUUUGGAAUAAGG